CUCUCUUCUUCUUCUUCUUCUUCUUCUUCCAUUGUCUCUUCAUCUCCAACUUUUUUCCAAUCUUCAUUAUUUUUUUAUUAUAAAAGCCUAAAACAAAACCUGAAGCUUUUCUCUCUCACCAUCCAUCUCUAAGGUGUGCUUCUUCCACAGCUACAAAAAGUUCUCACAUUUAAAAAUCGCCCUAGUUUUGUAGAAAGCCGUCGGUUUUCUCGUUCUGUGAAAUUUCCGAAAAGGAGAUCUGAAAGUUUCAAUUUUUUUUUUUUUUUUUGGAUCGGUUUUCUCGUCUUCCAUAGUCCGAUCGUUCUUCCUUUUGAAGGGUUAAUCCUAAAUCCUUCAUCGGGUUAGCUAAAGAAGGUAUACCGAAAGAACAAUCUUUUCUUACUCUUUGUAUGGAGUAAGAAUGCCAGAGUUAAGAAGUGGAGCACGUAGAUUGAGACAACCUAGCCCUCAGGUGAUUGAUCAGGCCGAAAACAUUGAACUCCCUCCUCAGCCUGUAACAAGGAGAAGAGGUGGUGGUAGAGGAAGGGGAAACGCUGCAGCAAAAGCCCCUGCACCUCCUAGACCAACUGGUGCUGCCGGUAGGGGUAGAGGCAUCAGGUUAAUAGAUUUAGAGGCUGAACCUAUUGAGGUUCGUCCAGCAGUAGGUGAACCUGUUUUUAAUCAAGUUGAAGGGGUAGCUGAUAAAGAUAUCGCUAUGGAAGGUGGUAGCGCAGAGAAGGUAGUUGGUGUGGAAGAAGAUUCCAGCACGGCUCCAGUCCCUGAAAGGGUACAAGUUGGAAAUUCUCCUGUUUAUAAGACUGAGAGGAAACUCGGUAAAGGAGGCUUUGGGCAAGUAUUUGUUGGUAGAAGGGUGAGUGGUGGAAGUGAUAGGAUUGGGGCAGAUGCAAUUGAGGUGGCUUUAAAAUUUGAGCACCGCAAUAGCAAAGGCUGCAACUUUGGCCCACCUUACGAGUGGCAAGUGUACAAUACGCUUAAUGGUUGCUAUGGAGUUCCUGCGGUACAUCAUAAGGGUCGUCAAGGAGAUUUUUACAUUCUUGUCAUGGACAUGCUUGGUCCGAGUCUCUGGGAUGUUUGGAAUUCUUCGGGGCAAUCGAUGUCUCCAAACAUGGUAGCCUGCAUUGCUGUUGAAUCCAUAUCUAUUCUUGAGAAACUUCAUAUGAAAGGGUUUGUCCACGGAGAUGUGAAGCCCGAAAACUUUUUACUCGGUCAACCGGGAACAGCAGACGAGAAAAAGCUCUACCUUAUUGAUCUUGGUCUUGAGUCAUUGGCUUAUACCUUAAUUUUUCUCUUGAAGGGAAGACUGCCAUGGCAAGGUUAUCAGGGUGACAAUAAGAGCUUUCUUGUAUGCAAGAAAAAGAUGUCAACUUCUCCUGAACUGAUGUGCUGUUUUAGUCCACCCCCGUUUAAGUUAUUCCUCGAGGCAGUUACUAAUAUGAAGUUUGACGAAGAGCCCAGCUAUGCAAAGCUUAUUACAAUUUUUGAUUCUCUUAUUGAACCAUGUGCUCUAUCUCGUCCAAUUAGAAUUGAUGGGGCUCUUAAGGUUGGCCAAAAACGAGGAAGAUUACUUCUUAAUUUGGAAGAGGAUGAACAGCCAAAGAAGAAAAUCAGAAUUGGCAGUCCUGCUUGUCAGUGGAUCUCCGUCUAUAAUGCUCGUCGUCCAAUGAAACAGAGAUAUCACUACAACGUUGCAGACACAAGGCUGCACCAACAUGUUCAGAAAGGUAACGAGGAUGGCCUUUUAAUUAGCUGUGUAGCAUCAGCAGCUAAUCUCUGGGCCCUCAUAAUGGAUGCUGGGACUGGAUUCACCUCUCAAGUUUAUGAAUUGUCAACGGUUUUCCUUCACAAGGACUGGAUUAUGGAACAGUGGGAAAAGAACUACUAUAUCAGUUCCAUAGCUGGUUCAGAUAACGGGAGCUCAUUAGUUAUCAUGUCAAAAGGUACUUCUUAUACUCAGCAAUCUUACAAAGUCAGCGACUCAUUUCCUUUCAAGUGGAUAAAUAAGAAAUGGAAAGAAGAUUUUCAUGUAACCUCCAUGACAACUGCUGGGAACCGUUGGGGUGUGGUAAUGUCGAGGAACUCGGGCUUCUCUGAUCAGGUCGUGGAGCUCGAUUUUUUGUACCCAAGUGAUGGGAUACAUAGGAGGUGGGAAAGUGGGUAUAGGAUAACAUCAAUGGCAGCAACUGCAGACCAAGCAGCUUUUAUAUUAAGUGUACCAAAACGUAAAAUGAUGGAUGAAACUCAAGAGACUCUUCGCACCACCGCCUUUCCAAGCACUCACGUUAAGGAGAAAUGGGCGAAAAAUCUGUACAUUGCGUCAAUAUGCUUUGGGAGGACAGUGUGCUGAGAGAGAUACUUAGCAUCAGUCAUAUGGUCUGUUGCAAAGAGGGGAAAAAAGAGACUUUUGGAACAUAAGGAUCAUAGUACACAAUCAAAAAAAGGUGAAAACAGACGCAACCUGUUUGUUGAAUGUAAUGAAAUGGAUGCGUCUUCGUAUGUAUGUAGAAGUAUGAAAAAAAGAUAGAAACGAAGGUAACAGAGAAAAUUGAAUUAGUAAUAGAAAGUUUUUUGAAGGCUUUAAAAAGCCUUCAAGUGUGCUUUUUUUCUC